AUGGUCCGUAGGUCGAGUAGCCCGAAACUCAAUACAAGGAAUUCGUUUGAGCUACUUAGAGAGACCGGAGAACCCUUGGUCAACGUCAAGGAAGAACCGGAGUACGAAGGGACAAACCUAUUGGUACCCGGUGCCCCUCGUAAGGAUAGGGGAGCAUCUAGAGAACCCUCUGACCCUCCGGACACCCCUUCGCCUGAGUCUAAGGUUGACAAGGGAAAGGGGCGCAUGUUAGGCUCGCCGAAGUCUGACGAUGGAGGAAACUCGAUUGCUACCUUCGACGAGAAUGUCAUGAUAUCUGGUCUAGACGUACAUGAUAUGAAUCCAGAGCUUCAACAACGGGCGCUGGACACUUACAAUGCCGCAUUGAAGACCCAGCAUCAUGAUACGAAGGCCGCCUCGGGAUCGGGCAAUCAUGCUGGUGUCGAUCUCGGUCUCGAGUCGCCUUCAAAGUUCUUCACGGCCCAUCGCGAGGCCGUCAAUGUCGCCGAUCGUGCGCGGGUAGAGACGGAGUUGCUACUUCAAGACGCCUUGGAGCACAACCGGCUGAUUAUGGAGCAACUCAACGCUGAGCGUGCCCUCGUGUCCGACGUCACGAAAGAGGUAGCCGCCUUGCGACAAUGGAAGGAUAAUCAGGGUCAGAACCCGGAACGGCCGGACAGAGCACGUAUCGCCCCUUCCAAACCGAAGGAAACCGACUCGCCGACCUUAGGCCCUGCCUUGACUAAAGGAUACGGGACUUCGUCGGCCUCGGUAUUCGGAGGGUCGGGACGUUACAGCACCAAUACGGUUGAGGACAAACGGGUCGGCCAUGCAUCGAUUAUGAGGCCUGCAGACCGAAUCAUGCCGAAUAGCUCGUUAGGCAAGGUCAUUCGCAACAAGCUUGCUGAGGUGAAACGAGCCAUGAUGGCAUUAGAAAUCCUAGAAGCUUGUGAGCAGAAAGAACGAGGAGAACUGGCGGCCGCCAGACAUGAGAACCAGCGGAAAUUACAGUCUGGGGCACCUACUAAGCCCGCCGAGGGCAGCAGGACCUUUGCGAAAGCUAAGGUAGCAGCUGCGAAGGCGAGCGAACGGGGCCACUCCGUAACGAAACCAGAAGGACACAAAUCGGCGACCCGAACAUCGUGGCCGUCCGAUAAUGAUGGCCGGAAGGAUAAACGACCUGUACGCCCAAAGCGGUUGAGCGACGAGGACAAGAAGGCCUACAUCGCUGAUGGGCGAUGCUUUGAUUGCGGACAGACUGGUCAUAUGUCUCGUAAUUGCCCUGGCAUGCAUCAGGUUAAAGGGAACCGGAAGAAGGGCGUACCUCCCGGUGUUCCCAGCUACGCGGGAGCGAUAUCCUUCGGUGAUUCAGUAGAACUCGCAGAUGGCGAUGAAUUGCUAACGGAGGUAACCUCGGCGUCAGUACGAUUCGUAACGGAAGAUGAUAGUGGACUUCCUUUGUACAUGGAAACCGAGCCCACCAUCCGCAGUGAUGGUCUAGACGACGAUGGGAACCCUCCGACUGCCAUACUACCUUGGGUAGAGGUCACGUAUGACUGGCGUCAUCUCGCUCGACUAGACCAGAAGGCGGAAUAUCUGUCCUACCUCGAAGCUCAGGGGUUCAACCAACGUCUUCAGAUUGCAGAAGCGGCUUACCGACUACAAUCGUCGCCUAAUGGUUUACAACCCGACUCGGAUAUCGUGGAUCAUCAGUUGGACCCGCGGUUCUGGAGCACCGACGAGAUCGGCGAUCCUGUCGCGGAACGAUUAGAACUCAUGAUGAGUCGCAACAUCGCAGCCUAUCCUCAUCUGUGGCAUGUAUGGCGGGUGAUCAAACCCCCUGGGUGA